AUGUCAUCUGAAGAUAUGUUCGAGCUUUACAGCGUACCCGCUGCUCCUUCGAGCAAGAAGAAGGAGAGCAGACCACACCGCGGAGAGAGCAGCAAGAACCCUCCGAUGAAAAAGGCUCAGACUGGGGACCCUCCAGCAGCAGUUCCUUCUAAGGAAACAACUCCUCCUCCAUCUCCCCUCGACCAGACAUCUCCUCCAGCACCAGUCGACCAGAACCCUCCUCCACCAGCACCUGCCGACCAGACACCUCCUGACCAAACUGGAGAUGUCCUGACAAAUUAUGUGAUUAGCUCGGCCAAAGAGAGAAUGACCAAACUCUCGAGGCACCGAUGCAGCCGAGAGGCCAUCAUCAGCACCGAAUCCAUGGAGGGAAUGCUAACUAUGACCGCUAGCUGGCAUCGCUCGGGGGCUUUGAUUACCGAACUCAAAGCGUCCGAGGCUAAGCAUGCUGAGGAGUCCAAGAUGACUUUGAAGAAAAACGCAGAGCUGCUCGAGCAGAACACCAAGCUGGCUGAAGAAUUGAAGACGUUCCAGGUUGCCUUGACCAAAGACACUGUAGAAAAAGAGAAGUAUGAGGAGGCUUCCUUGCUCAAUUUCAAGGAAGCCACUAAGCUUCAAGAUGACCUAGUUGCUAGCAAAAAGGAAACUGAGGGGCUGGAGGGGCGCAUCAAAGAGCUCGAGGAGACCAAUGCCAGCAACUUGGAGAGGUAUAAGGGAGCCACCUCUAACUGCUUUUAUGCAUUCUGGAAACACAACCGCGAGGCAGACUUCAGCUAUCUCUCCGAGCGCAUGAGGCGAACUAAAAUAAAGCGAUGCCUUGCUCUCCUUGAGGAAGAGGAGAGAGCAAAAGUCCCAGCCUCUCCUGAAAUUUCCUUGGCUACGGGCAUUGAUGGCGUGGAAGAGGAAGUUGGGGCCUUCGUCGACCAGCAAACUCCUCAAGACCCUCCUGUUCCUUCAUAA